AUGGCGGCUUUUUUAAAAAACGUGCCCACUACCAGCACUACUCUUGCACACGCGCCCUAUUUUAUUGACGCGCCCUGGCUACCAGCGCGCCUUCAGCAGGUUCCACCCACAAAAACAGAGGUGAGCGCGCAAACUUUGAACGUGCGGAAGGCAACAUAUGCCCUAUAUAAGGCGCGCAAGGUCCCGCUGCACUUGGAAGAAGUCCCGACGCCAGACGACACCGCACGAGGCGGUCGGCUGCAGCGCGAACCGCGCCCCCGGGAUCGCCACAGACGCCAGAGGCACGCAGGGCAUGGAGAGUCCUCUCAACUGCAGCUCUCCUGGCACCAGCGACCUCAGCCUGGGACUCGGUGGGGACGGGGAAGAACUGCACGGUCGGUACCUCGACGGGACAGGUGUUCAGGCGAGCGCCAGGAAGGGCGUCUACUCCGCGAGAGUAGGGGUGGACGGGGCGCUGCGAGCCUGUACCCGAGGCGCUUCUGCCGCGGCGCCUGGUCUCCAGCCCACGCACCGUGGGCUGCAAAGCCGUGGUCUCUCUCUUGCUUCCCUCCUUUCCCAGAUGCAGGUCCUACCGUGCUCUCGGUAAUUGGAAUGGAAGGAGACGCGGAGGUUACUCUGUUUGAAGCUGAGCAGCCUGCAGUAGCAGCAGCAGUGGCAGCCGCGGACGAACUCGACGUGAGAGGGUCCAUCUCGUCGGACGACGAAAACCAUGGGGGCCGCGGCUACCAGGAGCCCCAGGAAGAGCAGGAAGAACCGGCCCCUGCGGCUGCAGAGGAGCCACCCAUGCCCGCGAGGAAGCGCCGCUGCCGCACCACAUUCUCCGAUGUGCAGGUGCGGGAGCUGGAAAAUCUUUUCCGUCGCAAUCAAUACCCCGACGUGUUGGCAAGAGAAGAGAUUGCAGCACGCCUGAAUUUGAAUGAAGCCAGAGUGCAGGUUUGGUUUCAGAACAGAAGGGCCAAGUGGAGAAGAAACCAGAGAGCGCUGAUGUACAGAAAUAUGGCCCCAUUUGCCUUUGGCCACCCGAUGGGGGUAGUCCUUGAUAGAUGCUACAAUGCGUUUCCUCUUCUUGAGCCUGCAUGGAGAUGUAUCCCUGUGGUGCCAAGGCCCAUCAUGCUGCCUGGGCCUCCUAUGGCACAUGGGCCUCUGGUGCCCAGGCCACACAUAGUGCCGAUGCCACAUAUGAUGCCCAGGGCACCCGUAAUGCCAGUGCCACCCAGGCCACCCAUGAUACCCCGGCCACCCAUGAUGAUUGUGCCACCCAGGCCACCUGUGCCACACUAUGGUCUGACCCAUGUAGGCAUGGCCUGGGCUCCUAUCAUCAAUGGUCAUUUCCCAGGCCCCAUUUUCUAG